AUGGGGAUGGCCAAUGGAUCUAGAUGGAUUUCUACUAGUGUAUCUGACAGCGAUAUGGGAUCUACUGAUGUGGAUUCUUUUCCACACAAGGCUGGUUCUGCUCACCAGAAGUGCCUGGUGUAUUGCUUUGAUGCACUCAGUGAUGGUAAUACUAUUUCUGUUUGUGGACCAGUUCAAGCCUCUAUUGCAGCCAAUACAUGGGUUGUCAGUGGUGCUCCUCAGACCAAGAAAUUGCAAGAUAUCCUCCCAGGAAUAAUCAACCAGUUAGGGCCAGAUAACUUGGACAACCUAAGGAAGCUGGCUGAACAGUUCCAGAAGCAGUCACCUGGUGCUGCUGCUGCCGCAGGCGCAACUGCAACGCAGGAGGAGGAUGAUGAUGAGGUCCCUGAACUUGUUCCAGGGGAGACUUUCGAGGCUGCUGCGGAGGAGGGUCACAAAUCUUAGAGACUCUACAUGGAUUUUGUGCCUUUCCAUAUAUAUUUCGUGGUGUUUAAAAUUUUGCCUUCUUCUCUUCGCUCUUCUUACUUUCACAUUUUGAUGAAGUGUUCUGUGAUUGUCAUCUCAUGAUCCUGUGACACACUAAUUAGCUAAGUUACUGGAAACUCUAGUUCAAAGCUA